UUUCAUUUCAGCUUUUUUAGUUCUUACACAAUUGUACUGCCCCACCCACCAUUCCCCUAUUGUCCUCACUGUUCUUGUAUUUAUAUAAGUGCUGCGGACACAAGUAGAGCCAGUUUUCCCAUUCUCUCUCUUACUCAGCUCACAUUCUCUGACUGCAAGAUAUCAUGCACCUCUGCGUGUAUAUCGUGCUCAUAGCUGCACAUCUGGGAUCAGAAGCUGUGGUUAGUGGUUCUUCUGGCAGUGUGGAGAAGAUAUUGCCCCCUGAGAGCUGCACCCAGGUGAAGCUGAAACCUGCUGGAAAGUGCGAAAAUGAAGAGGAGUGCCCCUACCAGAUCACCAUUCCUCCUCUCACCAUCCAGCUGCCCAAGCAGUUCCAGCUACUGAAGAAGGCCAUGACGGAGCUACAGAGCAUGAAGGAGACCGUGAAGCAACUGAAGAGUGCCUGUCUAAGCUGCAGCUUUCAAAGGGACAGUAUAGGGACACAACACAGAGGAGACGGUGGAACAACAGCACCCAGAAAUGAGAGUUCAAGCAAUGCCAUCCAAGAGAUGCAAGUGAAGAUGAACAAGAUGUCCAACAGCCUGAAGAACGCUCAUACACAUAUUAAAGACCUGCAGGGACAAGUGGAGCUGCUCAGCCCCCUUAGGGAAAUAGUUAAGGAAAUAGGGGACAAAAAGGUAGAAAACAUCAGUGAAAAAAUCACCAAGUUCAACAGCAACUGCGUGACCGAGUGCCCUUUAGUAAAUGCACCAAUACACAUUAUAGCACCUAGAGACUGCUCAGACUACAGUGUCAUGAAGAAAAUGAAGAAUGGAGUCUAUAAGGUUACCCCUGAUCACAGAAAUGGGACCUUUGAGGUUUUCUGUGACAUGGAGUCCCAUGGUGGUGGUUGGACUGUUGUGCAGAACAGAAUCAACGGCAGUGUGAAUUUCAACCGCACCUGGGCUGAAUAUAAGAAUGGCUUUGGGGACCUGCGUGGAGAGUUUUGGCUUGGAAAUGACUGGAUUCACCUGCUCACCAGGGCCAAGGACAUGGUGUUGCGCAUCGAGCUUGAGGACUUCCAGGGUGUGUGUGAGUAUGCAAAGUACGACCUUUUUUAUGUAGCAAACGAAUACCUUAAAUAUCGCCUGUCCAUAAGCAAAUACUCGGGGACUGCUGGUAACGCCCUGCAUAUCGACAAGGACUACAACCAUGAUCAGAUGUUUUUCACUACGUGGGACAGAGACAACGAUAUGUACUUGUCAGGAAACUGUGGUGCUUUCUAUGGAUCUGGCUGGUGGUUCAAUGCCUGUAUGUCGGCUAACCUCAAUGGCAAAUACUACCACAAGAAGUACAUAGGGAAGCGAGAUGGCAUUUUCUGGAGCACAUGGCCCAAUAUGCCCAGGAACAACCUCCUGACCAACACCAGGCAAUCAUUCAAAACUGUCAAGAUGAUGAUUAGGCCAAAGAAUUAUGCCCCAUAAGUUAAUAAGCGCAUUAACUUAUGCGUGGACAGUAAGAUAUUGAAGCAUGUUGACAAUACAGGAUUUUAUUUUUAUUAUUCAUUUUUAAAAAUGAGAAAUGAACAGAACAGUGUGCAAAUGUUUUUAAAAAUCCAGUUUAAUGUACGAACGUCUUCCUCUUGACUAAUACUGCCAUCUACUGAAGGUGCUUUGCAAUGUAGGUUAAUAAAUCUAGGGCUAAUAGAAAUUAUAGAACAUUUCUUGUAUUGCUGUAGGUAAAAUCCCAGACAGCCUUGCUGAUUUUUAAAAUUUUUUUUUAUCAGAUACAUAUUCUAUUACUUACUAUCACAUUUUUGCUUUUCUACAGACACACUAAUGCAUUAAGCAUAAAAUAGUCAUGUAGGUCAAAAUUUAUAUAAAAAUGUAGGGUGCCUAAACUUUUACACAUACUCUAUAUGUGGUAAUUAAGUAUGCUUAAGUGGAAUUGACUUCAAAGUGACACGUGUGUGUGUGUGUGUGUGUGUGUGUUUGAUAUAUACAACCGAACAUUUUUCAUAUGAACAAAAACUGUACGUGAAUCGGAGCACUUCUGAAAAGUUUUAUGUUUAUAUUUUAACUUGGUUUCAUAGCUGUUAAUGUAUAUGCCAAGAUAAAUUCAAAUAAAAGUUUUCCAAAGAAACCAAAGGGAAAAAAAAAAAAAGAUGGCAUGAUUGUGCAACUGUAUCUGCGUAGUGUUUGUACAUUCUGACAGUCAUUUUACACCGACAUGAGAAAACAAAAUAACCACAAAUACACACUGAUUAUAUCUA